GCUUUCAGGAUGCCGAAAAGUUAUUCCCAAAUGAUCGCGGAGUGGCCGACGGCCGUCCUGGUGCUGUGUUCAGUGACGGCUGUGGUUUGCACUCUAGCUGGCCUGCUUGUUGGGAAUUUGCCUGACUUUUCAGAACCCUUAAUGGGUUUCGAGCCACGAGACACUGACAUUGGCAGAAAGCUCGUUGUGUGGAGGAAUGUAGAGAGCCAUACAGGCUACAAGAAGACCCUUUCCCUUUCUCCCUACGCCGAGAAGAAAAGCUAUGAUGACAUUGGCGUCAGCAGAGGACAGAAGGCUGCUCAGGGAGAACAAGAAGCGAGGACACGGAGAAUGGUGGAACAAAUCUACGGAGCAGAUGGUUUCUUUUGUGGUCCUCCAGAAAAGAGCUAUUCCCAGCUGGUAUUUAUGUCCACAACUGCUGGGAGCUUAUGGAACUUGCAAGCUAUUCAGUCCAUGUGUCAAAUCGAACAAGACAAGAUACGCUCACAUGUUCAUUUUAGAGACCUCUGCCAACGCACUGAAGCCAACGAAUGCUGCCCAAGCUGGUCUCUGGGGAACUACAUUGCCGUCCUGUACAACAGGUCUUCGUGUUUGGAGAUAACCCAAGGAGAUAUCUCCCAUACCCUGGCCCUCCUUCGUGCCUGUGCUCCAGACUACCACAAAGGUAUCCUCACCCCGUCCUGCAUAGGUCCCGAGACUGUGAGACAGAAACACUCCCAGUGUGCCAAAGUCCCAGAAAAAUGCACCCGCUUCAAUGCCAUUUACCAGCUCCUUCACUUCUUGGUCGACAGAGACUUCCUUAGUCCCCAGACGAUGGAGUACCAAGUGCCAUCUCUCAAAUACAGCCUGCUGUUUUUGCCUACAAGGAAAGGUGCAUCUAUGAUGGGGAUCUACUUAGACAAUCUUGAAUCCUGGGAUCUGUUUGAUAACUACACAUCUAUCACUGGAAUGGACCUGGGCCUUAAGCAGAAACUAUUCCAGCACUACCUUUUACUGGAUACUAAGUAUCCAGUCCUGGCAAUAUUAGCUAUUUUUCUAAGCAUUUCUUUUUAUUUACGCUCAGUCUUUAUCACCUUGAUGGUCCUGCUCGCUGUUGUCAGCUCUUUAAUGAUAUCCUACUUCUUGUACAAGGUGGCCUUCAGAUUCACCUACUUCCCUUUUAUAAACCUGACAGCAGUCAUCAUUCUCAGCAGCAUUUGUGCCAACCACACCUUUGUCUUCUUCGACCUCUGGAACCUCAGCAAGAACCAGAACCCUUCUGCUGGGCUUUCUCAGUGGGUGAGUCAAACCAUGCACCAUUUUGCGUAUCUCAUGCUGGCAUCUUGCUUCACCACGGGUGCUGCCUUCUAUGCCAGCUACAUUAGCAACAUAAUAGCCAUCCGCUGCUUUGCUGUUUACAUGGGCACCUCGGUGCUGGUCAGUCUGGUGUUCAUGCUGACCUGGCUUCCUUCUUCGGCUGUGCUGUACGAGCGCUACGUAGCAACGACCUGCAUUUACAAGCCAGGAGACUGCUGGAACAACACCGGCCAUAAGAGGGUCGCUCUCUCCCUCCAUUACAUUCUCAGGGGUCUCCAGAACACGCUGUCUGAAACCUCCAAGCUGCUGUUUGAAAAGCUUCUGCCUUGCGGGGUCAUCAAGUUUCGGUACAUCUGGAUCUGCUGGUUUGCCGCCUUAGCAAUAGGAGGUGCCUACAUUUCCUGCUCCAACCCAAAACUCAAACUCCCGACUCUUGAGACGUCGUCUGUCCAGGUGUUUCGACUGAGCCACCCCUUUGAGCGGUACGAUUCCGAGUACUGCCACCAGUUCAUGUUCGAGAGGCUGGAGCGUGGAGAAGGGCAGCGUAUGCCUGUCACGAUAGUCUGGGGCAUUCUGCCCGUGGAUAAUGGGGACCACUUCAAUCCAAAAAGCAACGGCACCCUAGUGACAGAUGCCACCUUCACAAUCCAAAACCCAGAUGCCCAGAAGUGGCUCCUCGAAUUCUGCCAAAAAGUGAAGAACAAAACUUUCUAUUACCCCGACGCAGAGCAGAAAUCUACUGUGUGCUUCAUGGAGGAGUUCCUCAGGUGGAUGGACAGUCGCCAGUGCUCCCAGCGAGACCACAGCUUCAACCUUUGCUGUAACCAGUUCUCCUUCCCUUACGGAAGCGAAGUCUUCCUACACUGCAUCAAAAUGAUGCUCCUGGAACAAAGCAGGGAAGGGGCAGAAAUGUACGACCUGGGCCUCAGGUUUGACGGGGAGGGAAAUCUCGCCGCCUUAGUGCUGCAGUUUCAAACUAUUUAUCACUAUAGCUUCAACUACAGCAAAGCCAAACAAUUCUACGAGGAAAUCAACCUCUGGGUAACAGAGGAAAUGAAAACUGCCCCCAUGGGGCUUCAGAAUGGAUGGUUUACCAGUAAACUAGAGCUGUACAACCUCCAGCACAGUCUCAGCACAGAAAUGAUGGUGGUUAUGGGGCUCUCCAUAGCCAUUUCCUUUGUGGUGCUGCUGCUUACUACCUGGAACGUUCUCCUUAGCAUUUUCUCUGUCACUGCCAUCGCAGGCACUGUCCUGGUAACCACUGGCCUUUUGGUCCUCUUGGAGUGGCAGCUCAACGCAGUGGAGUCUCUCUUCAUUUCAGCUGCAGUAGGUCUCUCUGUUGACUUUACCGUCAACUACUGCAUCUCCUAUCAUCUGUGCCCCCAUUCUGACCGCCUGAGCCGAGUGGCCUUUUCCCUGAAGCAGAUGAGCUGUGCCACGGCCAUGGCAGCUUCUGCUCUCUUCUCUGUGGGGGUCAUUAUGUUGCCGGCGACGGUCCUGGCCUACAGGAAGUUGGGGAUAUUCAUCAUGAUGAUCAAGUGUAUCAGCUGUGGGUUUGCCAGCUUCUUCUUCCAGUCACUGUGCUGCUUCUUCGGCCCAGAGAAGAACUGUGGGCAGAUCCUUUGGCCUUGUGCCCACACCAUGAAGGACUAUUCUGAUGACUCGGGGCUGAACGGAAGCUUUGCCUGUGGGGGGACCGAGAAGCAAAACCGGUUGCGGAAGGUCCAAGAGUCCAACACUGCAAACGAGCAAUACGAGCUCCAGCCCUUGUCCAGAAAACUCAGCGACAGCUUUGACAACAGCACCUCCACAAGCAAGCUGUCCAACCGGCCGUCAGUGCUCUCUGAAGACAUACAAGCUGAAGACAACAGAUGCCCCAGAACGCACACCUCCCUUGAAAGAGAGAGACAGAAUUUGCAGGAGGCCCUUGGAGACCAGCAGGCUGGCCUGUGCCAGUGUCCUGCCUUGCAAACCUCCUCUCCGUACAAGCACAGCAGCUCAGGAGCAGAAAUGCACAGGGAGAGACUCUGCCGAGACUGUCGAUGUCGAAAGUACGGUCCAAAAGCUUGGGAUGGGUCUGGGCUGGACCAUAUCCAGCCAGCUGGCACGAAAGAAGAAGAGCAGCUCAAUAAAUCACAGUGCUCUAGUGACGCUGCCCAGCAGCAGCAGGAUUAUACCUCAGACAACAGCCAUCUCCCUGCUGCUGACAUCUACAAAAUUCACAGAUGCCUUUGUUCUCUUGGCAGCUCUUUUGACAUGCUCAACAUCUCCAGCGAGACGUCGAUUAGCGAUUUUGAGCAAGGCCUAAAGCUCGCUGAAUCAGCCAGUUCUUGUCCUGAUGUCUUGGAGCUGUCUGAUUCGUACAGCCAAACAGAGAGAGGUUACUUGAACGGGAAGAGAGAUACCCUGCGGCUGGACCUGAGGGAGACUGUCUUUGAUAUCUCUCCAGCAGCAUCGCAGCAGAACAGCUCUUCAUGGAAAAAUCGAUUUGGCUUAGGGAGUGAAGGUCCGGUCGUGUUACCGAACAGCCAACCAGACAUGCCUGAUGUUUGGAUCAAACGGUCUAGCGCACAGAGUUCUGGUUACAACAGUUGA